AGCUGAACAGAAGUGUUUGCAAUUGAUGGAGUCCUCAAGUGUUGAGACAGAGGAUGAUGUGAACACUUUUGCAAUAAGGCAGCGUAAGUGCCCAAGGAGGUUUGUCUCCGAAUCCUCUGAUGAUGAUGAUUCUGCUCCAGUGGUAGCAGCAACCAAGAAGCAACCCAAGACUCUGACUGUGCCUGGAAGCCCUGUGUGUCAGCAGGACCCAAUGCCACUACCACCACAAUGGUCAACACCAGCCGGGACUGGAGCCAGUCCUCACCACCCUAGCCCAAGUCCUGUUGACCCUGUUCAAGCCAGCAGCUGGGCACUACACCCAAUUCAGUCAGCCAGGCACCUCCAAGAAUCACUGGAAACCUCUUUUGACUCUGUUCAAGCCAGCAGCCGGGCGCUUCAUGACGGACAGGGUGUCUCGGCUAUCACAGCCAUGUUUGAGAGAAUCACAGAGGCCCACAUGAGUCGCUUGAUGCGGAGGCUCGAGGCUAGGUUUGACAAGAUCGAGUCAUUGGUGGAGACCAACGCCCCGACACACACGCCUCAACUCCAGCAAGAAGAUGUGGUGUUGGCUAAACCAUGCAGCAUGGUGAUGGAGCUGCUGGAGUUGGAUAGGAGUCUGGAACAACCAGACAAGAGGAACAAGAUGCAACAUUUUCUUGAAACUGUCGGAGGGGCAGGUUUAGGGGCAGCCAUUCACCGUAUGCUACGCCGAGCGGCAAAUAAUGAGGUACUCGCCCAGUACAGCUUGCGGGGCAGACGGGCCAAAAUGUCCUUUGAUGUCCAUUCUGUGCAAGAUUAUAAAGGCAGCAUGCGUCAAAAUUUCCUGGCCAUACGGAAGCUGAAGUGGAGGAAUGCCUUGGGCAGACUCUAA